UCUGCUCUCGGUUCCUCUUUCCUCGCUUAAGAUGGCGCUGCUCGCGAUAUAUUCCUGGCGCUGGGCAGCCGCGGCGGCUGCUUUCGAAAAACGCCGGCACGCCGUGAUUUUGAUCCGGCCUCUAGUCUCUAUCCACGGCGGCCCAGAUCCGCAGUGGAGGUCACGUCAGCUCGGCGCCUCGGGAACUCGAAUCUCUGCUCGAAUCUCUCAGAUCUCAGAGUCAUUAAGACAUACCACAUGGCAGAGACUGGGAAAAGGCAAUUCAAGACAGUUAUUAGAUGCUACAAGGGCUCUCCAGGCAUGGCCACUGAUAGAAAAGAGGACGUGUUGGCAUGGUCACGCAGGAGGAGGACUCCACACAGACCCGAAAGAAGGGUUAAAAGAUGUUGAUACUCGGAAAAUCAUAAAAGCAAUGCUCUCUUAUGUGUGGCCCAAAGACAGGCCAGAUCUACGAGCUAGAGUUGCCAUUUCCUUGGGACUUUUGGGUGGAGCAAAGGCCAUGAAUAUUGUGGUUCCCUUUAUGUUUAAAUAUGCUGUAGACAGCCUCAACCAGAUGUCGGGAAACAUGCUGAACCUGAGUGAUGCACCAAAUACAGUUGCAACCAUGGCAACGGCAGUUCUGAUUGGCUAUGGUGUAUCAAGAGCCGGAGCUGCCUUUUUUAAUGAAGUUCGAAAUGCAGUAUUUGGCAAGGUAGCCCAAAAUUCAAUCCGAAGAAUAGCCAAAAAUGUCUUUCUCCAUCUUCACAACCUGGAUCUGGCUUUCCACCUGAGCAGACAGACAGGAGCUUUAUCAAAGGCUAUUGACAGAGGGACAAGGGGUAUCAGUUUUGUCCUGAGUGCUUUAGUAUUUAAUCUUCUUCCUAUCAUGUUUGAGGUGACACUUGUCAGUGGUGUUUUGUAUUAUAGAUGUGGUGCCCAGUUUGCAUUGGUAACCCUUGGGACACUUGGUGCAUACACAGCAUUCACAGUUGCCAUCACACGGUGGAGAACUAAAUUUAGGAUAGAAAUGAACAAAGCAGAUAAUGAUGCCGGUAAUGCUGCCAUAGACUCGCUGCUGAACUAUGAAACUGUGAAGUAUUUUAAUAAUGAAAAUUAUGAAGCACAAAGAUACGAUGAAUUUUUGAAGACAUAUGAGACUGCUUCAUUGAAAAGUACCUCUACUCUGGCUAUGCUGAAUUUUGGUCAAAGUGCUAUUUUCAGUAUUGGUUUAACAGCCAUUAUGGUGCUCGCCAGUCAGGGAAUUAUGGCAGGUACCCUUACCGUUGGAGAUUUAGUAAUGGUGAAUGGACUGCUUUUUCAGCUUUCAUUACCCCUUAACUUUCUGGGAACUGUAUACAGAGAAACUAGACAAGCACUCAUAGAUAUGAACACCUUGUUUACUCUACUUAAGAUAGACACCCGGAUUAAAGACAAAGUGAUGGCAUCUCCCCUUCAGAUCACACCACAAACAGCUACAGUGGCUUUUGAUAAUGUGCAUUUUGAAUACAUUGAGGGGCAAAAAGUCCUUAGUGGAAUAUCUUUUGAAGUCCCUGCAGGAAAGAAAGUGGCCAUUGUAGGAGGUAGUGGGUCAGGGAAAAGCACAAUAGUGAGGCUGUUGUUUCGCUUCUAUGAGCCUCAAAAGGGUAACAUUUACCUUGCUGGUCAAAAUAUACAAGACGUGAGCCUGGAAAGCCUUCGGAGGGCAGUGGGAGUGGUACCUCAGGAUGCUGUCCUCUUCCAUAAUACCAUUUACUACAACCUCUUAUAUGGAAACAUCAAUGCUUCACCCGAGGAAGUAUAUGCAGUGGCAAGAUUAGCUGGACUCCAUGAUGCAAUUCUUCGAAUGCCAUAUGGAUAUGACACCCAAGUAGGGGAACGAGGACUCAAGCUUUCAGGAGGAGAAAAGCAAAGAGUAGCAAUCGCAAGAGCCAUUUUGAAAGACCCCCCAGUCAUUCUCUAUGAUGAAGCCACUUCAUCAUUAGAUUCAAUUACUGAAGAGACUAUUCUUGGUGCCAUGAGGGAUGCAGUCAAGCACAGAACUUCUAUUUUCAUUGCACACAGAUUGUCAACAGUGGUUGAUGCAGAUGAAAUCAUUGUCUUGGACCAGGGUAAGGUAGCUGAACGUGGUACCCACCAGGGUUUGCUUGCUAACCCUGGCAGUAUCUAUUCAGAAAUGUGGCAUACACAGAGCAGCCGUGUGCAGAACCAUGAUAACCCCAAAUGGGAUGCAAAGAAAGAAAAUGUGUCCAAAGAGGAGGAAAGGAAGAAACUACAAGAAGAAAUUAUCAACAGUGUAAAAGGCUGUGGAAACUGUUCCUGCUAAGUGACAUGAAACAUUUUCUUUUCUUUCUUUUUUUUCCUUGACUACACAUUUGCACUGAAGCAGAAUUGUUUUAUUAAAAAAAAUCAUACAUUCCCACUUUCUAUAAUACUUCUUUUAGGUAAGAUUUAUUUCAAAGGGGAAUUGUGUUUUACAUCUUUCACAAUCUAUUUAAUGUAGUACCUGUAUUUAAUCCCCAAAUUAUUUUCUUGUUACUGCCUUAUUUGUGAUCAAAGCAUAAUUUUUGUUACUAUUUGACUUUACCCCAUUUCCAUUUUUGUGGGCUGAGAGCCAUUUGAUAUCCAUAAUCAGAUGAAUCAGAUUGGUUUCCAAGUUUUUGUAGUUUUUCAAACCUCCUUUAUGCUGACAAUUUAGAUAGAAAGUGUUUGUUUCUUUAAAAAAAAGAAGACAGUAUAGAUUCAGUUUCUCCUUCCUGUCCUUCAUUUAAAUACUUCCAUGAUAGAUAUCUAUACAUACAUUUAAAAAAUUAUUUGCCACUGUUACACUUUAUGAAGAAAAACCUUGAGUCUCAUGUUCGUAUGUAGAAUGUUCUUCAUCAUUAACCAGCAUUAUAACUAUCAUCUAGUGGUGGGAAUUCUAUUUUUCCACCAAAUGAAGUCUUGCUUUUGUUUUGGACCAAAAUUUAUACAUUUCUCUUUAAAGACUCACAAACCCUGAUGUAAUUUGAGAGUUACCAUACUGGGAGUGAUCUAAAAAACUUAGAAAGUUAAUUGCCUUUUCUAUUUCCAUCUUAAAUGCAUUUCUUUAGCUAUCUGAAGUUAUACAAAGGAACAACCAAAAGUGAUGUGUGCAUGCAUGCAUGUGUCUGCACACACUCAUACAUGUGUAUAAAGCAACAUCUACUUAAAAUUAUUAAUGACGUUUAAGCAAAUAGAUGAUUACAUAUAUAUUUAGGUGGUCAGGACUCUAUAAUCUGUGUUGACACUUCAGAAUUACUUUAUUAGAAGGUCUUCCCUUCCUUUUUCAGUAGUUUAAUGAGUUCUUUUAAGCUUGAAAUAACGAGGGGCCCAAACAAAAUAAUCACAUUUUACCUGCUAGAAAUAAUUAAUAAAAUGUUGGUAUAUAUUCACUUAGAAAGCUCCUCUCCUUUUCCAACUUAAAUUUGCUUUAAUUUGGUAAUAAUCUUUCAACUUGAAAAACUUGUGUAUCUCAUGAACAGCCACAUAACUGUAUAUAAUGAAUUUUUAUUUCUCAGGAAAGGUCUUAAAGUAUUUAUUUUGUUGGUCUAUGAUUUUAAUGCGUUUUAAAUGAUACUUUGGUAUAGGUGAGACUAACUUUUUUCUGUUUUGUAUUGUCAUUAGUAGGUGGAUAUCUAAACUUACCUAACUCAGGUGUCCAGUUUUGUUAUAUAAAGGUGAUUUGAUAAGUAGCUUGAAGCCAGUAUUUUAUGGUUAGUCCAUGACACCAGAAUAAGUGAUGCCUCUUCCUUUUUGAGUUGGAGUUAACACUGAGAUGGAUAAUCAACUGCAAAAUCGGAAGAAAUGGACAUUUCUUCCUCUGAAGCCGUAGAUAUUGCUGUUCUGAGGGGGAAAAAACCCCCCUCCUUUGAGUAACUCAGCUGUAUUAUUAGAAAUGUGGUUUGGUGAGAUAGAAAUGUUGCUUCUAUUAAUUCCUUCUAUACAUUUCCAGUAUUGUGGACGGAGAAGAUUUAGCUUAGUUGCAUAAUCAAGCAGUUAAGAUCAAAGUAAUCACUAGUAAUAUUCAUUCUGAAUGUGAAUAGUGGUAAUCAAAGUAAAGGAUUCUGUGAUAUGGGAAACAUUUAGUCAAAGAAGGAUAGGAAUGUUUUUAGGGUGGGGAAAAUUUCCCUACUAAGAUUUGAAGCUAUAUCUAUUCAUAUGACUGGAGGUGGUCUCUGGACCAUUGGGUCAUUGUGGUCAUUAACCAGUAGUUUCAGCUAAUAAAAACUUAAAUUACUUAAAAAACACACUUAUUGUAAGGACUGUAACUAACUCUUAAAUAUUCUCAACUCCAUCUUAAUAAGGUGAUUCUAUACGGUGACAUAAUAGACAAAUUAAAAUGAAAGGAAAGCUUCCUAGGUUGAUUCACUCAGAGGAAAUGUCAAGAAAAGGGGCAUUUAUUAUAAUAUACUAAUUUUACAUUGCAAUACUACAUACUCACACAAAGGUAUAAAAUUUAUAAGUUUCUAAAUCAGUGUUGCAACAUUUUUUUAACAUCUUGGAAUGAAUAAGCUACAGUUUUGGAAUAUGGGCUCUGAAAAUGGAGCAAGGUGAUAAGAGUUUUGUUUCUUAAUGUCCCUUUAUUUUUAAGAUUGAAAAUUUUGCUUUCUUUCUAAGGGAAUCCCAAUUUACAAAAAUUAAAUUGAAACCAAGGUAAUUUGGGAUCAUAAAAACUGGGCCAGAUGCCUUCCUGAAGGUUUUUAUUAUAGAAAUAUCUUGGUGAGCAGAUGGGCUCAUUUGGAAAUUUUUGAACAGCUCAAUUCUGAGGGUCACUUAUGAGAAUCAGAAAGAGGCCUUAGCAUUUGGGUAAACUCAAAUAUGCAGUUUUGAGUUGCAAAAUGUGCAAAAAAAUUAUUUUUCCUCUUCAGAGAUUUGCACCUUUCCUAUACCUUGAGAUAAAUAUUUUACCUUUUCCCUUAGACGUUGACAAAGCACAGUUUGUGAAGAUGGCUAGUUAAAAAUGUUUUGCUUUAGAGGCAAGUUAUUUAAAGAUUAUGAUUCCUUAUUUCUGGAUCACUUUGCACACGCUACCCUUCCUAAUUGCUGGAUGUGUCAGUAGCAACUUUUGCCAGAGUAUGUUCACAACUCUCUUACUUUGUAGCUUUAUCAUAGGAUAUUUCAUUGUGGAUUAGUAGUUGAAAGCAUUUAAAUAUGUUUGCAAUGGCAGCUUUCUUAAAUUAUAGAAAGGUCCCUUCUCUGCCUGCUUUGAGUAUAUAGAUUUUGAAUGUAAACUGUAUGGUAAAUGACAAUAUUAAGUCAAAUAAGCUGGUUAAAACUGAUUAGUAAAGUCUAAAUGACUCAGCGAAGGAGGCCCUUUACUACAGUUCUAUUGUUAAAACAAUCUGUGCAGAUUAAUAAGUACUAAAUAAACACUAUGUCUCUGUGACUA